CUGACAAACAACACUGAUUUUGUUUGGUUAGUUUCAGCACAAAUUGAAGUGAUUCCGUGCAAAGUUUGUGGCGACAAAUCAUCUGGAGUACAUUACGGUGUCAUAACUUGUGAAGGAUGUAAAGGAUUUUUUCGUCGAAGUCAGUCAACUCUGAACAAUUAUCAGUGCCCAAGGCAACAGAAGUGCAUUGUUGAUCGGGUAAAUCGCAAUAGAUGUCAAUAUUGUCGCUUAAAAAAGUGCCUUGAACUCGGAAUGAGCCGAGACGCAGUCAAAUUUGGUCGAAUGAGCAAAAAACAGCGUGAAAAAGUUGAAGACGAAGUCCGUUUGCAUAAGCAAAUGGCGGAAGUUCAAGGGAUUUCUUAUUCACCAUACGGUAACUAUUCCCCUCCUGCAGCAGCAACACAUCCAGCGGCUGUCUACAGUAAUAACUACGAAUCAUCCGUAGCGUACGCUGCAACGUCUUAUUCAACAAAUGCUACAGGUUACGCUGCGGCUGCUCCUGUUAGUUAUCCAUCAGUUCAGGGGCAAGGCUAUUCCAUUGCUCAACAGGCAGCGGUGCCUGCUCCGAGUGGUGGAUAUCCUCAACAAACUAUUGGCGCAUCACAACCUGAUGAAGACUUAAUUGCGGGAGUUACGGCUGCUUUUGAUUCCGCGCACGGCUCAGUUGCCGUCACUGCGGCAGAUCGAAUAGCUGCCGCAUCUACAAGUGCUUACACCGAGCAACAGUACCGCACUAUGGUAAAUCGUUAUAUUACAUGCACUAAUUACUUAACAAACAGUUAG